AUGAAAGCCUGGGUCUACGACGGCGCCGCCGGAGGCCUCGAGAAGAACCUGUACCAGCCUGCCGUUUACCACAAACCUCUCACGGCCUCCCUUUCCAAUCAACAAGUCAUGGUCGAAGUCAUCAGCAUGGCGCUCAACCCCGCCGAUUACAAAAUCCCAGAACUCGGCCUUAUCGCCAAAGCCAUGGUCUCCACCCCGGCAUCCCCAGGCAUGGACUUCUGCGGCCGUGUUGCAGAAACCGGGCGCGCUAUCGACUCUCUCCAGAUCGGCGAACUCGUCUUCGGCUACACCGGUGGACCCAUCAAGUUCGGUACUCUAGGCCAAUUCUGCGUCGUUCCCAAAGACGGCUGCAUUCCUCUCCCUGCCGGCGUCGACGUCGACGAUGCGGCCGCGCUUCCCGGUGCUGGCCUGACCGCGUACCAGUCCAUCAAGGGCAACGUCAAGGAGGGAGACAAGAUCUUCAUCAACGGCGGUUCAGGAGGCGUCGGCACCUUUGCGAUCCAAAUCGCCAAGAUUCUUGGCUGUCACGUGACAGUCUCGUGCUCUGGCGCGAAUGCGGAGCUGUGCAAGAGCAUUGGGGCUGACGAGGCAAUCGACUACAAGUCAGUCGACUUGAUCGAAGAAUUGAAGAAGAAGGGGGAGGUCUUCUCACUCGUGAUCGACAACGUCGGUACUCCAACUGGCUUGUACAAAGCAUCGAACUCGUUCUUGCUCUCGAACGGCAAGUACAUUCAGGUGGGCUCCGAGAUGUCCCUGUCAGCGACAACCAACAUUGUGGGCAACUUCAUGACCCCGCGGUUCUUCGGCGGUGGAUCCCGCAAGUAUGCGUUCGCUAGUGUUAAGACGAAUUACGAGGAUUUCUUGCAGCUGGGCAGGUGGAUGCGAGAUGGCAAGUUGAAGGCUGUGAUCGAUUCGAAGUUCGAAUACGAGGAUGCGCGGAAAGCUUUCGAGAAGCUAAGGACAGGUCGUGCGAAGGGGAAGAUUAUCAUCCACGUCGGAAAGAAGUGA